AUGCAGCCUACAGGGACAGUUAGGUCCUCGGUGAUCAAUCUGGUCAAGACCAUCGUUGGUGCAGGUUUACUGGCUAUUCCAUAUGCUUUUAAAAGUGAUGGUGUACUUGUAGGUGUACUGUUGAUUUUACUCGCUGCAAUUACAUCUGGAUUUGGACUUUUCGUUUUAGGUAAAUGUUCCAAGACAUUGAUAGACCCUAGGGAUUCCUCAUUCUUUUCAUUAUGUAUGCUGACCUAUCCAUCAUUGUCUCCUCUUUUCGAUUUAGCUAUGAUAACCCAAUGCUUUGGUGUCGGUUUGAGUUAUCUUGUUCUCAUUGGUGAUGUGUUCCCUGGUUUAUUUGGUGGUCAAAGGGAUUGGUGGAUUGUUGGUUCAUCUUUAGUGGUAGUACCACUUUGUCUGCUUAAAAAAUUGGAUAGUUUGAAAUAUUCCAGUAUAAUUGGUCUCUUCGCACUUGCUUAUUUAUCCCUGCUCAUCCUUUCAACUUUUGUGUAUGAGUAUUCAAGUGGACGUUAUGAGGAGGUAAGAGGUGAUAUCUCUUGGUGGUCAGUAUAUGAUUAUAAGGGGCUUAUGUCAACUUUUAGUAUCAUUAUUUUCGCCUAUACCGGUUCUAUGAAUUUGUUCAGUAUUGUCAAUGAACUUAGAAAUAAUACUAUGACAAAUAUUACAGCCGUAGUUAAUCGAUCAAUUGCCAUCGCAACAGUUUUCUUUAUAGCUGUGGCGCUUGCAGGUUACCUAACAUUUGGUAGUAACACUUUGGGCAAUAUUAUGUUGAACUACGAUGACACAUCUAUCUAUGUGCAUAUUGGUAAGUUUUGCCUUGGAUCCAUGGUAGUGCUGACUUUUCCCCUGCUGUUCCAUCCAUGUCGUAUAGCGGUUAACAACUUAUGCGUGUGGGCUCAGCUGCAACGUGAAAAGAGAGCUGAAUCACACCAAGAGUGUGAGCCUUUAAACCCAAAUACACCAUCUAGCGUUAGACCCAUUAGUUUGUCAGUGCAGGAUAGUGAUAGUAGAUCAUUGGUCAAUUCCUAUGGUGCUACGCAAGGUAAUGAAGAAAUUGAAGAUUUAGAAGUAGCAGGCAAUGGUAGCCCUCAUGUGAAUAUACCCGAUGGUAGAUUUUAUAUUAUUACGGCGCUACUUCUAAUUGCGAUGUAUGCUCUUGCUCUAAAUGUCAAUUCGUUCGCUACUGUCCUGGCAUUUGUGGGGGCAACCGGAUCAACAUCCAUUUCAUUCACGCUACCGGGGUUAUUUGGUUACAAGUUGAUUGGUACAGAUUAUUUGGCUGCAGGACAAGUAAUUCCAUCUUUGGAAGUUUUUUAUAAAAGAUGCAGUUUCCUAUUAACCUGGUUUGGGCUCGGUGUGAUGUUCUUGUCCCUCUACGUGAUCUACACGAAUGGUGCUGGUUAA